AUGACCUCGUGGUUGAACAAGCAGCGCAAGGGCGACCUGGUCGCGCUUGCCGCCCAAGCUGGCAUAACUGAUAUGGAUGGCAUGCGCAAAGACGAGCUCGUCACCGCCGUCGAUACCCACCUGCGCGCCAAUGCCUCCUCUCUCUACAGAAACCCCGCCUUCAGUGGCUUCUACGAGCGCUACGUGUCGCCAGCCAAACCAGUCUCGCCAGUCAAACCGGCGCCUUACAGUCCCGCUUCUACUCUCUUCAAAUCGGAGGAUGAUGGCCAAGCGCUGCGCAGUCGGCGGAGAAGUACACGCGAUACUGUAAAGGAAGAAUUGGAGUCAUUCGCCGAAUCUGCUCCAGAAACCAUCAAGACGCUUGCGACGCGUACGCCGCGCGCAGUCCAACACGCAGUCUCGCAAGUCCCACUGCCGCCGUCACCAGCCGUCGUGACAGAUGCGAUCGAGCGCCAAACAGCCAUCGUACGAGACACGGUGUCAGACUACUGGUCGCGCUCCGGGGUCGUCGAGAACGCCGAAUACCUACGCGAAGUCCUCUCGUCCGUUGUCGGAGUUGAAGCCGCGGCGCUUCUCGUCGAAGCGUGGGGCCUGCAGAGGGUAACGCUGCCGUGGCGGUACGCGUUCGACAUCCCUGCGAUCAAGGCGCUCGGCACAUAUUCGCACGAGGUGCGGCUACCGGACUUCUUCGUUAUGGUCACGAGCUCUUUCUGGUCGCCGACGACACUUUGGGCUUCCACAAGCUUGUUGAUUCCGCUCCUCUUCGCGUAUUUCUUCAACCUGACUUUGAACUCAAAGUCGAGCAGGAGUUCGCGAGCUCCGCCAACGCGCCAGGCCGAUCCCUUAACUUUCAACAUCAUGAAGGCCCUGGUGACAUGGCUCGUGUACUCCAAAGGAAUGACUUUUAGUGGCCUGGUGGGCGACGAAACUGUUAUGACUGUCAAUGAAGCUGUCCCGGGGGGCUACCAGGGUGUGAUGAUCGGCGCCGGAAUUGGCAUUUUGACCAGCAUAUACGAAGCGGUGCUGAAGAAAUAG